CUCAGUUCAGAGACGGAGAGGAAGAGUCCCUGAUCAUGAUGUCAGUUUGUGAAGAUCUCAUCGGAUGGUCAUUCUUCUGUUCUUGAUCGAAAAAACUCGCUUGUUUGUCAGUGAUGGACCAGAAGAAGACGGUGAUCGUGACAGGUUUUGGACCGUUUGGUGAACAUGCGGUCAAUGCCAGCUGGGUGGCAGUACAGGAGCUGGAGAAACUGGGUUUGGGUGACGAAAUAAACCUUCAUGUUGCUGAAGUUCCUGUGGAGUAUCAGGCCGUCCAAAGUCUCCUACCGUCUCUAUGGAAACAGCACCUCCCACAAUUAGUUGUCCACGUUGGAGUUUCGGGGAUGGCCACCACAGUAACACUCGAACAGUGUGGUCAUAACCAGGGUUACAUGCGCCUGGACAACUGCCGGUUCUGUCCCGAGUCCCGCUGCUGUAAGGAGGGAGGACCCGACUGCAUUCAUUCUGUCAUAGACAUGGACAUGGUCUGUAAGAGAGUCAACUCCUCUGGGCUUGGGGUCUCUGUGUCUGUAUCGAAGGACGCCGGCAGGUAUCUGUGUGACUACACCUACUACACGUCUCUGUUUCUGGGCGACGGCAGAUCUGCGUUUGUCCAUGUUCCUCCUCUGGGAAAACCGUACAGCGCAGAGGAUCUGGCUCGCGCCCUCAGAGCCGUCGUUCUGGAGAUGCUUGAACUGAUGGAGCAAAACAAGGGAAAGAAACACUGUCUGCACGACCAGUGAGAGUCUCACACGCUCUUGUUUGGAUUCAAGAGUUCAUGCACAUUUGAAGACUUCGAUAUCUUAACUUGUGUGCUACGUACACGGAGCAUUCAGCUGGUUUGAGAGUUGACUCGUGUGCUAAACUCAAUGCUGGGCUCAGAUCAUUAAGAAAGCACUUUAAUGGGGUAUACUUGAAACAUGCAGAGAUUUGGUAUUAUGCAUAAAACAGACGUCAUUUUAAUGUGAAAACCAUGUCGAAACU